AACCGUGAUCUAGUUCGUAUGUCAGCUUAUGUGCUGCCGCUGCGGAAAGUGAGUCCGGCUACAAGUAUUCAAUACUUCUUGAGCCCAAAUCUGCUUCACCCCAUCUUUGCUGAAUUAGCGUGAAUAUGAAUGAGGGUUAUCGUGGAAAAUCUAAAAUCCACUAGCGCAGUCUGCUGUCUGAUGAGGAAGUCGCUCGCGCCCACCUCCCCCCACCUCCCCUCCCUCACCACCUUCAGCAUUCAAAAUCAAUGUACGUAUUGCCGCCCAGCAAGGCUUUCAUGGAUUCAUUGAUUUCUCGUAGUAAUGCUGACGUGCAAUAGAUGUCUGAAUCGGAUGGUCACGAGGGGCUACGGCCUCAUGCUAACCACAACAUACAAAACAACACACAAGACAACAUCAACCCCAACAAUACAGCCCAUUUGCAAACACAGCCUCAAUCAGUAACAUCUACUCGCUCCUCCAUGCAGACGAGUACUGAGCAUGAAACCACAUGUUCUCUUCAAGCCCUUCCCGAAGAAUUAUUGCUAUUGAUCAUCGAGAACAUGGAAGCUGAAGCCAAAAAUGCUCUUCGUCUUACUUCCGGAAAGUUCGCACGACUUUUGGAGCGUGAUUUUCUCAACAGGGCGCCCACCACAAUACAUCUUGUCAUUCACCCCAUAAGCAUGGCAAGAUUGUCUUCUGUCACUACAAUGCAACAUCUAGCCCGACGUAUUACAUCGAUUCAGUUUUCAACAUACAUGCUGGAAUCGAGACAAACCCGAGCAGAAGCAUCCCGAAAUCCAAACAUCAAUGAACAAGAGUACAUUACCCUGUGCAACCAAGAACAGAGCGCGUUUGUCGUGAGUAACGGCAACUAUCUUUUUUGUCACACACUUUUCCAAUCUCUCCCGCACCUACCAAACUUGAGAGACAUACUAGUCGCAAACCACGAUGACCGGGUCAGGAAUGACACGAUAUUUCCCGUACUCGAAACCAUCAGUGGACAGGGACAGAUACUCCGACGCACUGGUUUUUCCAUCAUAGGAGACCUUGUUACUCAUCAUACGGACGAGGAAAAUAGACUUCGUCGGAACAUUAUGUUUCUUAUACUUCAUACUCUGACUGAUGCGAUUUAUCGGCGGAAUCUCGCGUUGGACGUGAAGUACUACAAUUGGCUUGACGUAAUGCCAUGCUCUGAUUGGAUUUAUGGAGCACAGGGUUUCGACCUGGACUCCCAAUCGGCGUCCGAAUUCUUCAGAAUAUGGCAACAGGUGGCCCCUAUGGUGCGACGACUAUGGGUAGGAGCUGAUGAUAGAUAUUGGCGGCCUAUCCAAAAGAUGUUUGUGUCUAUUCCAAACCUGGAGCGGUUACAUAUAAUGACGGCCAGGCGAGAAGAUCCCGCAUCAUAUAUGCAUGCCUAUCCAAGUGUGUUUCAACCCCUCCGAACAGCCAACCUUCGCAGAGUGCGACUAGAAAACUGUGAAAUCACAGCGAUUGAGCUAGCCGGAUUCUUAUCAAGUUGCCAAAAAUGCACCUGGAUUGAAAUGUACGCAGUCUAUCUCGAAAACAAUUUCCCCAUCGACUGGAGAGCAUCAUUCGAUGCCAUGCAAAGGCUCCCAAAUUUGACAGCCUUGAGAUUAAACCGCAUCGGCUACCAGUCCGACUUGGGAGGACCAGGGCUCGACCGCAAUCAAACGUCAAGCAAUUUCUUCCGUGGCAAUCAUGAGAUACAAAUCUGCCUCCAGUAUCUCAUAAAUAACGAACAAGGCACAUGGGCUGAUAUAGCGGGAGCCUGGCAGCAACUUGGGCACGGUCCCAAUGACUGGGCACGCAGUCUUGAAGCAUACCCCCCGUAG